AGGCGUAAAUUGUGGGAAAUCAGAAUCUCGGAGAUGGUGAAUAUUCCGGUGAGGUUCAAAAGGGUUGCGGCGGCCUUCGACGAGAUGUCGAGAGAUAGGUCGUUCGAGAGCAGCGGCAGCGAGCAUUCGGCCGAUUUGUCCGAUCUCGUCAACUCCUUCUUUGAGAGGGAGAUUAGGGAGCAGAGAAUAAUAGUAGGUGGAGAUGGCGAUGGCGAUGGAGGCGGAGAUGAUGAGAUUGGGAUCGAUGAAGAUGACGAUGAAUCCGGGAGUAACUCGCACGACUCCAGAAUUCAUGAUUCUUUGAGAAAAAUAUUUGAUCUCGGCGACGGACGAAGCAUUUCAACUGCGGUGGAGAAGGCGUUGGAGGUUGUUGGCGAUAAUGAUUCAUCGCCGGAAUUCAAGCGGCGGCUAAUGGCCCGGCUGCGGAGUAGUGGCUUUGAUGCCGGCAUUUGCAAAUCCAAGUGGGAGAAGAGCGGAAGCAGCCCAUCGGGGAAUUACGAGUACAUAGACGUGAACGCUGGUGGCAUCCGCUACAUUGUCGAAGUUUCAUUGGCCGAGAAGUUCAUAAUCGCGCGUCCAACAACCGCCUAUGCUGCAAUGCUGGACGAAUUUCCGGCGAUCUUUGUGGGAAAGCCUGAGGAGAUGAAGCAAUUGGUGAGACAAAUGUCGAAGGCGAUUAGGAAGUCAUUAAAGAGCGUGGGGCUGAACGUGCCGCCGUGGAGGCGCCUGAGCUACAUGCAGGCAAAGUGGUUUGGCUCGUAUAAACGAACCACUAAUGAAAUUUCAAGGGCGGAGGCGUUCAAGGAUUUGGGUGGGAAAAGGUUGGUUGGUUUUGCGACGGCAGCGGCGCCGGAUUUGUCUUUCUGCAGAAAGGAUUUUGCAGCCAAACACGGCGUUAGAGUUGGGAAUUUGGCUGCGGUUUUAAACAAUCAUGAAAUGCUGCUAUAAAUUUUUCAUGCAAAGCCUAGUUAAUUGUAUUUAUUGAUUUGGGCAAUGAUAGUGUAUAUAUCUCCCCAUUUUGAUUCAAGCAGUAUCAGAUUGUAUUUUUUUUUUUGUUUUUUUUUGUAAAAAUGUUGUUGAGAUUGUAUAUGGAAG